AUGGUCUCCAAGAAAGAAACUAUUUGUGCCGUCAACAACAGCUGCAUGCCACGCAUCCAUCCCCUCCAUAUUGAAGGGGAGCAGAUUUUUGCAGCUCUCUCUCUCUCUCUCUCUCUCUCUCUCUCUCUCUCUCUCUCUCUCACUCACUCACUCACACACACACACUCUCUCUCUCUAACUCCAUUUUCUUCCUAUAUCUACAUAUCUAUCUAUCUAUCUAUCUAUCUAGCUGGUUCGUUUAUCUAUCUAUCUAUCUAUCUAUCUAUCUAUCUUAGUCUGUUCAUAUCUAUCUAUCUAUCUAUCUAUCUAUCUAUCUAUCUAUCUUUCUCGGCAUGCUUCUAUCUAUCUCAAUGUUUCUCUCCUCGUGUCCAUUUUUAUAUAUUUAUCACACAUUAUUUCUACACAUUUGUCUCUCAAUCAAUCUAUCUAUCUAUCUAUCUAUCUAUCUAUCUGUCUAUCUUAGUCUGUUCAUAUCUAUCUAUCUAUCUAUCUAUCUUUAGUCUGUUCAUAUCUUAUAUCUAUCUAUCAAUGUUUCUUUCCUCAUGUCAUUUUUAUGUUUAUUUAUCAUGUCAUUUUUUUAUUUUUACACAUUUAUUUCUCUCAAUCAAUCAAUCUAUCUAUCUAUCUAUCUAUCUAUUUAUCUAUGUCAUAUAUGUUUGUUUAUAUCUAUCUCAUUUCUAA